UAGCUCUGCAGUGUUCUGGUACAGACCAACGCUGCUCUGAAUGGUUUGUUUUAGUUACCUUCCUUAGUGACAGUUACAGUCCAAUCCUUGUGCAGGCACCAAGCACAGAGAGGACAUGGCAGCCUUCUCAGCAAGUCUCCCCUGGUUGGAAAGCACAAAGUCACAGAUUCAGAACCUCCAGAUAUGGAAGGAAUUCUCUUCUAGACUCCAUGAUGCCGUCCAGCAGCAAAUGAAUGAAAGCAGCAUUAAACAAUUCACAGAUCUGUCGGAGUCAGAGAAAGUAUUUGUGUUGGAAAAAGCAGCCAAGGCUUUGCAAACAGGAGACGUUUACAAUAAGGUUUCCACCCAUAUCAGCUCCUGCCUUGAAGAGAAUUUAUACAGCUCUGUGGCUCAUGAAGUACAAGACAGUGACGUUCCAAAGAAUCAGUCUGCCUUAGUUACUAGGCAUAUUUAUGAUGGAGUGGUGAACAUACUGGAGAAAAGACCAUCUCUGAAACUCAAACUCCGUGUCCUAUUCAAUCAGCCCUUACCUACUUCCAUAAGAAAUUUAGUAUGGAAAUUGCAACUGUCCAACACAAAGGCACGUAUGGAAUACCUGAAGCAAUUGUCCAUGAACAAGGCCAGAUCUAUGCUGGACAGGGAUAUUUCACUCCAGUGCCAAGAUAUACUGACUAAAGUCCAUGCAUUUCAACAUCUGAAAGCAAAUAACAGUGUUUUAAGGACCAUGCGUAAUGUUCUAUCUUAUUACCAUAAGCUUCAGCACAUGGAGGGUAGUCUUCCUGAGCCAGAGUAUCUUCUUCUUCUGCCUCUGGUCCAGGUUGCCUUAGACAGUAACCCCAGAACAUCUCUUGACUCUAGUUCUACCCAGUUGGUUGAAGAAUAUGUGGCUUUUAUGGACUACCGGCCAUCUAUCAUGCACAGGCCACAUACCCCUGAGGUUUCAUUGCGUAGUGAUGGUCUUUUUAAAGAAAUGGCGCAGUUGUUAAAGAACAUUGCACAAAAUUUGGCACAUACCAUAGAAAAUAUAUACUCAUCACUCGCCAAAACUCCAGAAGAAGCUCUCCAGGUGGGAUUAACCAAGAUGUUACAACCAGUCAUUCAGGUCCUCUUUGUAGGUUAUCUGAACAUGAACACUUUACUAUAUGUUUGGGACCAGUACAUCUUAGGACUUAAUGAGCCUGUUUAUAACUGCCUGUCCGCCUUCAGCCUGGCAUUUCUUAUACUGAUGCACGAUCGCCUCAGCACCUGCAUUUCUCACCAUGAAUUGGAAACAGUGAUUAAGACACAAGGUCCUGCUUUGUCUGUGGAUGAGUUUCAGAUAGUAAUCGAUAAGUAUUUCUACUCUGAACUCUUUAGCCAGUUGAACAGAGAAGGAAGCAGCCCACUUCCGGUGCACGACCCAACACAAGCCACCCCAUUGUGGAGUCACAUUUCCAAAACAACAGACCCACAAAGAAAAAGGCCACAAGACAGAAGGCAAGUUAGAGAAGAACGAGAGCUGCUUAGGAAGCAAGUCGCAGAGAGACAGAAAACAGAAGAAAAGAUACAACGUCUUCGAGAACAAGAACAAAAAAAGCAGGAGGAAGAGAGGCUCAACAGAUUACUUGAAGACACCAAGAAAAGGUUUGAUGCACAGAAAGCUCAUCUUGAAAAGGAGCUUAUGCAGGAACGGCAGCAGAGCUAUGAGAAGCAGAAACUGGCUGAGGCACAAAUAAGUGAAUUACAAGGGCAAAUCAGGAGACUAAUGCAGCAAAGACCGACAUCCGCUGGUGGAUAUUCCAUGGAAAGCCUUAUUGCUCCUCCACCUUCUGCAAAUUCCCAGGCGCCUAAUGAGACUCCGCAUAUUGCACCUCCAGCAUCUCCAGAGCAGCAAGCAGCAACAACUGUUAAAGAAGUGAAUGGAAAAACAUCUAAUUCCGUGGCACUUGAUCUGCUAAAACAGAUAAUGGAGUCUGCAGAUUCAAUUGUUAAUGGGCAAAGUUUUGCUGAACGGGACACUUUAAAUGCAAUUAUGGAAAGGCAUCUGAAAGAAUACAGAGAAGAUGUGAAGAAUUCAGAGAUAGAAAUAUUGGGCCACGAACUGGAUACAAAUGAAUUAGACAGGGUACAGGAGCCACAGAGAUCCGCUAUAGCAAGGAGAUUAACGUUGGCCGUCCAAAGGAAAACAGAGGCCCGCUAUGCAGCUUCUCUGAAAUCAAGGGAAAGGUUUCCUGAAUCAUGAAUUCUAACACUUGUACUUGAGUACAUUGCUUCUAUGCUUUGCUGGCAUCCCCUCUAGCAGGGUUUGUGUAGGUUUUUGUGUGUAUAUAUACAUCUAUUUUCUUUUGAA